UGACCUGGAGGUCUCCACUGCUGCUCGUGUGCGAGAGAAAGGCAAGAGAAAGGCAACAAAAGCCUAGCGCAUAAUGGACUCUGGAGGUUUGAUGACUAUCUGACAGGCAUCCGACCCCUGAAAAUUUGCUUGUGAAGAUGUGACAUAGGGGAAGGUGCUAGGAGAUCCAGUUUUAACUUCUUAAGUCAUCGAAGUCAUUAAGUCAUCAAAAGAAUAGGUUCCUGACACCACCAUGGGAAAGCAGAACAGCAAACUACGCCCCGAAGUCAUGCAAGAUUUGCUAGAAAGCACAGACUUUACAGAGCACGAGAUCCAGGAAUGGUACAAAGGCUUCCUGAGAGACUGUCCAAGUGGACAUUUGUCCAUGGAGGAGUUUAAGAAAAUCUAUGGGAAUUUUUUUCCAUAUGGGGACGCUUCUAAAUUUGCCGAACACGUGUUCCGUACGUUUGAUGCGAACGGUGAUGGAACAAUAGACUUCAGAGAAUUUAUCAUAGCCUUGAGUGUAACAUCUCGAGGAAAACUGGAGCAAAAGCUGAAGUGGGCAUUCAGCAUGUAUGACCUGGAUGGAAAUGGAUACAUCAGCAAGGCAGAAAUGUUGGAAAUAGUCCAAGCAAUCUACAAGAUGGUGUCUUCAGUUAUGAAGAUGCCAGAAGACGAAUCGACACCGGAGAAGAGAACAGAGAAAAUCUUCCGUCAGAUGGACACUAAUCGGGAUGGAAAACUGUCUCUGGAAGAGUUUAUCCGAGGAGCCAAGAGUGAUCCGUCCAUCGUCCGCCUCCUUCAGUGUGAUCCCAGCAGCGCUGGGCAAUUCUAAAGCAGUUGCUUGGAUUAUUUUGUGUCUCUGUUUUCAUUUAUUUUCUCUUUUUGCCAAACAACGUUCAUGGUGGUGUUGCCUCUGUAUGGCCACUAUGCCUUCUUUUGUGGCAUCUUUAGCUCUCUUUGUGGCAGAUCAGUUAGCGGUUGUGCUAAACGCUCUCCCAAACUCAUCCUGGAUGCAGAGAGUGCCGUUUGCAUGACAAUGUCAGUUUUCCAAUCGUUGCAAAGACCUGCAGCCUCAUCCUAAAUAUGUUUACCCAGGAGUAAAUCCCACUGAGUUUAACAGGAUGCAUGCAUGCUAGGACUGAAGCCUUAAGUUUUGUUACGUUCGUCAAUUCCAGACUCCAGCAGGAAGAGACAAGGGGCAUGAACCCUGUUCCAAAGCUCAGUCAGGUCUGAUGCACAUGUGGAAACAAAGCACAAGAAAUGUCUACCACAUUCAUUUCAAUAGCAGGGAAUGCUGAAGAGCAUCCCUUGACAUUGCAGUGAAUGAAGAAGCCCCUGCUCACACGGAGCUUCAUGUGCACACCAGCGAUGCUGGGUUAGAGCACUUAUAUCUGUAUCCCUCUCAGACCUAGUUAGUUUUGACACCAACAUUUCUCUGUCUCCAUGUUAUGCUAGAGGUAGACUGCCAUGGCUCUCUGGUAGACUCUUGCUCAUCUCUAAUCACAUUAUCUCUGUGGCCGCUGUACAGUGGUAGGCGUGCACCUGCCUAGAGCCAAUUUCAGCCCUUGACUCUUAGUACAGCAACCAAAAGGUAUAUGAGACAUGUGCACAAACCCUAAGACAGCCUCAGCAUUCUGUGCCUGGUAGGUCUGAAAUCUGUUGUUCUGAUAGUUGAAGAAUUCGCCCGCCUUAGUCUGGAUCCAACUUGCAGUCCGAGGGACUACAGUCACCAUGAGUACAAACUGAACCCAUGCAAAAUUUCAUUUUUUAAGUGAGUGAUGGUAGAAGGCAGGACCAAGAGGUGGUGGUAGGCAUUGGUUACUAGCCAAUAGUGAUUUAUCACUUUCACAGCUGCACACACGUCACCCACCCAUGAGGUCAUCAUAGCAUUGUGAUGCUCUAAGUGCUUCUGUAAGGUGAACAGGAGGAGAACAAGGAUGUUACCAGGAUAUCACUUUUUAAACAAGGAUAUCUGAGUGAGGAGGGGGAAGGGGAAGAGAACGUCAAACGGAAGUUGUAAAAGACCUUUUCCUUAUGACCUGUUCCUGUAUUGGAUCAGAAAAGACAAUCGUAUGUGCUGCAAACUGGCUUAAGGAAAUCAAACAUAAGGGCAAUGUAUGUUUUAAGGAGUCACUGGUCUGAUGAUAACAAAGCAGCUCCUAUAUCUUGAAGCCCCAUCUCCUUGAAGAACAUGGUAGAACAAGAACAUGGUGGAGUUUGAUGGCUGAAUGACAGAGAAUGGUUUGGGGAGGUGUGUUUUUCCUCCUCAUGUGAAGGUGGCACAUUUGCAGGGGACGAAUCAGUAAGAAGGAACUGGGGCUACUUCUGGUGUGGUGGAGCCUACUGCUGGAAAAACAGUGGAAGAGGCCAAAGAGGGUAUUUGCAGGGGUGAAAGGGUUAAACAUCCUUCGUACCUACUAUAUAUGAACAUAUGAAACGUCUUUAUAUCAAGUCAGGCCAUUGGUCCAUCUAGCUCAGUAUUUUCUACACUGAUUGGCGGCUGCUCUUCAGGUGUUCAGGUUUUCCCUGCUUUCUCUAGAGGUACCAGGGCUUGGAACUGGGACCCUCUGCAUGUAAAGCAGAUGUUCUGUGGCCAGCUAAGCUACAGCCCUUCACCUCGCCUAUUCUCUCCUGCAGGUAGAGUUAUGAGAGAAGCACAGUGGUUGUGGGGGAAUUCUGUGUUUGCGUUGCAAAAUUUAAAUUGUAGUUCUGCCCGGAGGGUGGGGGGGAGGUCACUGUGGAAGAAAAGAAUCAGGGAGUCACUUCAGCUCAGGCACUUAUAACACUGCACAAUUUAAGCUGCUGGCACAGAAGGAAGCAUGCUGAUCUGGGGUGUGGUUUGGUUUGAGGAGGAGGAAAGGGCCCCCAUGAGGUGGCUUUUUCUCCUCAGGUUUCAUGUAGCCAAGUGGUCUUGUUAAAAUGACUUGUUUCGUGGUUAACGUGUUUCAGGGCAAAGUAUAAUAUGAUCUUGCCCUGUGGUUGCAUUUGCAUAAUACCCUCUAAAUCACACUUCAGAAGUGGCCAUGUGAAUCGGCUGGGAAACAAUCUUCGUCCUGAAUGGUCUACACCUGAGUCUGCAGGGAUUUUGAAGGGGUCACAGAGGGAACCAUCCAAUAAUGGUCGAGAGAACAAAUGGUUGAAUUCAGGCUUCUAGGUCUCUACUGAAUACCGAAAUAGUACCAUUCUCUCUCUCUCUCUCUCUCUCUCUCUCUCUCUCUCUCUCUCUCUCUCUCUCUCUCACACACACACACACACACACACACACACACACACACACACACACACACACACACUUUUAAAAAAAUAUACAGAAAAAGCUAUAGGAGAAUGAAUGUUUUAUCCUUUUGGCCUCAAAACAACUGCCUCCCCCACCCUUUCAAACUUCUUGCUACGAACCUCAGAUAGUUGGAUGGAGGAGGCUGGGAUCAAAGUAGGGAGCACAGCCAAGUUUCCUGAACAAAAAUGCCACCUUGCUCUAUAAGUAUCUGGAUAGGAGGCAUUUGCUGAAUCGAUUCCAAUUCGGAAUCGGAACUAAGGAAUGAGCCGAUGGAAUGGCGCUGUUUGUGUAUCGAAACAUACAAAGGUCUGCCCAGGAAUUGCAUGUGAACGUCUGUGCCAAUUGGGGAUGGCGUGUCCUGUUCUGGUGUAAGGAAAGAGCUCCAAGGGAAGAGAGAGGCAUUUUGAGGGUAAGGGUGGGAGGAACUGGCAGUAAGCUACAUCUUAUGGCCACUUUGGGGGAUUUAGUCAGCACAAGGAGUCGAGGUGGCGGCGACAGCGAUGCUUUUUCCUUCCAACACCUUCAUUUGCUUAGCUAGGAAAAACAACCAGAGAGCACAGGAACAUAGAAAGCUGCUUUCCACCCAGGGGUGUAGCUAGGGGAAAGGGGGCCCAUGUUCACCCCUCUCCCCAGCAGCCCCUCGGAGUGAGGGAGAUAAUGAAGAAAAUGAGGGGUGGGUCUGGAGGGGCCCGGGUUCUUUGAACCCCUCUGCUCUAUUAUAGCUCCACCCUGCUUCUACCCAGUCAGACCUUUGGUCCAUCAGUACUGUCUACACCAGACCUGCACAGCUUCGGCUCUCCUGUGGAUGUCGGACUACAAUUCCCAUUAUUCCUGACUACUGGCCACUGGGGGUGGGGGGGGUGGGAUUGUGGGAGUUGUAGACCAAAAACAGCUGGAGAGCUGAAGUGGUGCAGCCCUGGUCCACACUGACUCCUAGGUUUCAAGCAAGAGUCUCUCCCAGCCCUAUAUGGAGAUGGCAGGGACUGAACUUGGGGCCUUCUGCAUGCAAGGCAGAUGCUCUGCCACUGAAUUAGGGCCCCAUUCCCAGAGAACCCAGAGCGAUGAGCCCUUGUGCCUGGGGGUCCCCAUUAGAGAUGGUGCUGGUGAGGGUCAGGGAGAUGCUCAGCUCUGCCUAGAAACAUUCAAAAUCAGAUUGCUAAACAGCAGUGCAUUUUAAGAACUUUGCCGUGGUCCCCCCUUUUUAAAAAGUACAGCAUAAUCACCACUGCAGUGGCCUGGACAUGUGGCAUCCCACUCCCCUCUUUUUUAAAAAACUGAAGACAUCCAUGCCUCUGACCUCCAUACCUAGAAAGGGACCCAUGUCCUUGCUUAUAACCAUGGCUACUCAGUGGGGUGGCUGAGAUGCAAUGCCAAAGUCAGUUGACUCAAAAGGAAAUGCAAUGGCUUGGCUGCUAAGGCUUCCGAGUGGGCCACUCAGAAGUGAGACGGCCAUUCAAAAAGCUACUCCCUGUUUGUACAACCUCCUCUUCCCCCUUCCCAUCAUGCUCUCUGUUUUAAUUGGUUUCUUCUGGAUCUACAGCAACCACAGUUUGCCGUUAGAAAUGUUUAAGUGAGGAAGAUCAGUUAGUGCUGCUGCUACUGCUGCUAUCAUUACACAAUCUAACUAGAGAACAAAGAGGGACGGGGAGGAAAACUCUUAAGCAAAAUGUCUAACUCUGGUGGCUGCGGAGGGAUGAGCCACAGGCAUGCACAGUGGUAGCCCCAGACAUGUGGGCUUCUCAUUCACCAGCUUGGGGAACCCAGCAAAUGAGCAGCUCAUGUUCCUAGGGUUAACACCGUGGCAGGGCAAGGUGAGAGGGAGACGAGUAGGGUGAGAAGAAGGCAAACAAGCCACAUCUGUAGCUCAUUUUCCUCCUCCACCACCACCACCCUGCUCCACCCCUAUUGGCCGAUAUCUAGCUAAAUAUUUACUGGUUGAUAGUGAAUGUUUUGUGACAUAUAGGUGGCAGACCAUGCCCCAAAAUAGACACCCAAGGGCAGUGGCUUGCCUACCACGCAGUCUGCUGUUGUUUUAAGUGGGAUGCACACACGCUGUCCCCACCUCCAUAAGAACAUAAGAAUAGCCCUGCUCAAUCAGGCCCAAGAUGUAUCUAGGCCAGCAUCCUGGUGAGAAGCCCACAAGCAGGAGUUGAGGGCAUGGCCUCUCUCCUGCUGUUGCUCGCCUGCAACUGGUAUGCAGAGGCAUCUUGCCUCAGAGGCUGGAGGUGGCCUAUAACCCUCAGACUAGUAGCCAUUGAUAGACCUGUCCUCCAUGAAUUUCCUCCACAACCAGCUCCCCCAUGGUUUGCACAGUGUGUGCACAUCUUGCUCAGAACAGCAAUCUGUAAGUUGGUGUAUUUUGGACUGUGUGGUAUGUAAGCCAGUAGAUUUUGCUCUGAAUAAGACUGGUCUACUUUCCUGGGUCCAUAUAGUUCACUAUUCUGUUCCCAGCAGCUAGGAACCAGAUGCAGAGCUUUGGACGUUCCAAGCAGGUUUUGAAAAUGUUGGCUUUAUCCUGUUUAUUCCCAGCAUCUAGUAUUGAGUGGUAUAUUACUUCUGAAUAUGGAGGCUUCAUUUAGUCAACAUAGCUGUUGAAAGAUGAGGAAUUUGGCGAAUCGCCAUGUAUAAAACCAUCUAAGCUAGAAGGCAUGUCAACCUCUUGCAGCUGCAGUGAAUUUCAUGAGUUAAUUGCACAAUGUAUGAAGAACUUUCUUUUUGUCCCUGCAGACCCUACUGAAUCAAUAAAUACAACUGAAUUCUAUUAUUGUGAGAGAGGAGGGAAAGAAUUCCCUUUCUCUGCACUGUUUGUAAUUUUAUACAUCUCCAUCAUGUCUCCCCAGAAAGCAUCAGUGAGCCCCAAAUGCAGUGGCCGACAUCCUGAGUAGCAAAGCACGAGGACAACAGGAAAAGCACCAGAAUUUCUGAAAUGUUCCACUCACUCCACUCAGCUCAGCAGUGUGAACAAAUUUUGACAACUUCCCCUUUCCAAGAAAGUGCUCUGUGCCACCUAAAAAUAUCUCCCUGAUGUUCAUCUAGCCCUUAGGGACAUAUAUUUGGGUGAAACAGAGGGCUUCAGGGGAAAGGGAGGUAACGGAAUUCCUCCCCCCCACACACUAGUGGUCAUGCAGUAUUAGUCUGGAAUUUUUCAGCAGCCCUGGUGCUACACCUGUGCUUCUCCCAUUGCUUCAUUAAUCAGGAUGUCAGCCAGUGGCCCCAAUCCAGUGAUCGCUGGUCAUGCUUCAUCCUGCUGCCUGACGUUCUGCGCAAAAGUAUAUCAGUAACAUGACAUUUGCACAGUUUGCAUUACACCGUUGGAAAUAAUGGGCUUACUCUUGUGUGACACAAACUGCAUUACUAGACUGACACGGUAGGUCAGCCACUGAAAUAAAUGAGAUUUCCUUUUUGUCUUGACUAACUAGCCUCAUCCCUUUCAACGGUCUUGAGCAGGACUAACUUGUUUUAUGUUAGGGCCUUUAGCUUUUCCGUGUAAGGAAAACGGUUCAGGCUUUUGAUCAUUUAGUUCUGAAUCUUUUCCUGUGCUGUCGUAUCCUUUUUGAGAUGGGUUGGCCAGAACUGUAACACUGUAUUCUAAAAGUCACUGCACAACUCAUAUAUGAAGCAAUAUGAAGUAUCAGCAUGAUGAAUGCUGUGAUCCGUUGAGAACUGCAAGUAGGUGUACGGAACCAGCGGGGGCUAGUUCAGCGGCGGGGGUGGUGGCUUUAAGGACAGGGGAGGAUGCACUUACCCCCCAUCAUGUUUUCCCUGAAAUACUAGCUGUGACUGCGCAUGACGCAUGCAUGCACCUGACAUGUGUGAGUGUGAAGUGCAUGCUCAAGCAUGCAACACUCACAGUCGCAGCUAGUACUUCCAGUUACAUCCGGUAAAUGUUGGAAUGGGGUGGCAGGGAGGUACGCAUGCAGCCACCCCGAUGGGCUUUUAGGGAAUCGCAUGCUGGUGGGGGGAAACACAGGGGGGCUAAGUGCAUCCUCCCCCACCCUUAAAGCCAUCCCACCCACCCCCCGCCAUUGAACCUUCGAGCCGGCCAGGGUUCGAACUGGUUCGGAGGCCCAUUAAAAGUGCCUCUGAACCGGUUCAUGCACAUCCCUAACUGCAAGUGUGCAGCCUUCAUUUGUGAAUGGAGCUUGUGCAAAGAUGCCCACAGUGCUUGGUGAAUUGAGCCCAUUAAUUAUUUAAAACUUGAGAAAGCAAAGCAAAAUCAGUGGCAAUGCAGAGCAAAAUAAGACAGACCAUCAAGUACAUGUCCCCAAUGACCAAUUGCUCUCCCAAUCAAUUCCAACUUGAAAUGUACACACCCACACCGACAAAUGAUAUUGGUAUUUAUUUCCGGAUAAAUGGCUUGCAUGAGGCAAUAUGCAAACAUCAAUUAUGUACAGACAUCAUUAGCAUUGUUCUGUAAUUAUUACAGUCACUGGGAAAUCCUAUCAUUUAAAAUCCCCAUUUCAAGUGGCUUGAAACAUAGGAAUUAUACCAUUUAGAGAAACCAUUUAGACAGAUGUCACAGCCUUUGAUAUGAAUUGAAGGUGUCCUAAUUUUUAAAAAUCGUUUUCUUAAUAGACAGAAAAUGAUUAUUAUAAAGUAGACAUCUUCAGUUUUCUGAGUUUAAGAUAAAUAAGAUGGCCAUGCCAAAUCAAAGUGGGAUUUUGGCCCUGUCAUCUUGAUAAACUUUGGAGAGAUGUUUUUGCCUUUCAGUCAAAAGGCUGAUUUUACAUAUAUUACUUGGCAUAAUCUUUUCAUCUGUCUGCCUGUGUAUUCUCUCAUGUUUGGUGAAUCCCACCAGCAAAGAAGUUGCUAAAUCUCACCUGUUUAAGCAUUAGGGCUACAAUAUUGAGGAUCAGCUUGUUACUUCAGAAGUCCAAAACAGCCUACAGGCUGCUCUGGACAGUGCAUUCCCCCCGCCCUGGUUGUAUUGGCUGACAUACUGUGCAAGGGUGUGUCAGCCCAGUAAAGCUGGCAGUCCAGUAAAGCAAGUUGUUCAAACUGCACAAAUGUAUUUAUUUAACGCAUUUUAAAAUUGUGCAAAUGUUACACAAGAAUAAACCCAUUAUUUCUAAUGGUCUUAGUCUUGUGUGAAAUCAUUUUAUAGUUUUUGCAUGUAUGCGACUUGUAUGCACGCAACAUUACUGGGUUGGAUGUAUUCUUGUGUGGGAUGUCAGCCCCCGUCUCAUAGAACUCACUAAGCCCAUUCACAUGUUAAGUUCAACACUCGUACAACAAGUGUACAGUGUACACAGGUACAGAUCUGUACACAGAUACAGUCAUUCACAUGUUAUGCUGAACACAGGUACAAAAGUACACUUGCUAUCUGCACCAUGCAUUUGGAUGGCCUGUUUCCAGGUUUACUUUUUAAAUGAACAUAGGUAUAGUUAUUCACACAAACACAUAUACGAGUGUACAGACAUUUGUACGUUCGUACAACAUAAUGUCUGAAUCGGGCUACUGAGGCCAUUACAUAGUGAAUUUCCCUGUCCCCGUCAGAGAAUAUCAUUGUGUGCUCACUAUUUGGUCCCAGAGCACAUGGUGAAUUCUACCUGAUGAUUUCUGGGGGAGGGAGCAGGAGCAAUUGGCCACAGGAAUCCUCGUCCUUAUAGUAUCCCCACGGUCAUUUAUCUGUAAACUUCCAGUAUGGGGAUUGACUCACUACCCACCCAGAGGCCAGAUUCUUGGGUUGCACACAGCGUAUUCCCUGCAGCACCAUGUGGGCCCUAGCAAGAGCUUGCUGGACCCUCGGUGGUCCACACUCAGUUUUAGGUAGAUUGUUCACAAAUGGCAUGUUAGCCUCUCCCAGUGUCAAUUGUUCCAUUAAAACUGGUUGAAAACUGCCUCGUAUCUUUGCACUUCAAGGUAGUCCCCAAGAUGUUACUUUCUUUAAGGUGAUCAGCUCCUUAUGGCAAAUGUGGUAGAUGCUCCCACCAGCAACAUGGUUGGGGCCACAGGGUGAGUAAAAACGGCAGAGGCUUCAACUUUCCAGGAGAGUCCCACUUUUUGGUUCUUAUUUUUGCCUGUUGGGGAUCCCUUGUCCAGUUUUGUCAUAGGGUUGCUGGAGUUGCCAUUUUUCAGGAUCCAGCUCCCUUCUCAGAGUCCCUAGAACUUAAAUCUCCAAGGGGGUGGGUGGAUGCAUUGUGUCUCUAAUGCAACUUCAUGAAAAUGGGGGCACACUAGGUUGUGCACAGAAUAUGCAGGUGGUAUCCAGUCUUCAGCAAUGUCAAAUAGUGGAUGGGAACAUGCGCAUCUGGAGGACUGGGGGGCAAAGCCAGAAAUCCCAUACCCCCAUCCCUGGGAGUCUGCCCCAUUGAAUUUAAUGGGGGCUGGCUUGAUUGGCUUGAUCGGCAGUGGGAGGAGAAACUGCCCAAGGAUAGGUGGGGCUUGAGUGGUAACCCUUGGUACAAGAAUUGGUCGUUGUAAGUGUAUCCCUAUUUUCACCUGCAACAUGUAGGAGGGCAUGGCCUUGGCCCAUCUGCGUUGGUAAUCUGGAAUAACAUGUUCUGCAUGCACUUUUUUUGCCCGCGUUCAAAUGCUCGUAGUCAGAAUUGUACGCCACCUGGGUUGCUUGGCCAUGGCCCUACCCUUUCACAGGCAUAUCUCUAUUUUCAGAGGUGGAAUGUUGGGAGGGUAUGAAAUGGUGUUUUGCCAGUGUGGAUGGAGAAGCUCUUGAUGGGGCACUCAACCUAGUGAGGACUAGACAAUUUGGCCUAAGUUAGGAGUCCUUUGGCCCAAGUUAUGAGUCACCUAGACCAGUUCCUUGUCUGCUUUAGAUCUAUAGAACCAGUCUUCGACAGCCGUAGCCUACAAGUGCUUAGGUGGAGAGAGGGUUUCCAUUUGUUUGCUGGUGGAAUUCACAAAGCAUGAUGCUUAAGCUGAAUUAUGUUACUAGUUAUGCACUCACUGCUGCUAUGUGAUAGCCCCAGGUUGCACAACUUCAGCCCUCCAGCUGUUUUUGAACUACAGUUCCCAUCAUCCCUAGCCACAGCGGCCAGUCCUACUACGACUACUACUCUGAAUAUUUGUAUACUGCUCUUCAACCAAGUUCUCAAAGUGGCUUACAUAGAAAUAUAUAUAAUACAUAAACAAGAUGGUUUCCCUGACCCCCAAAGGGCUCACAAUCUAAAAAGAAACAUAAAUUAGACACCAGCAACAGACACUGGAAGGAUGCUGUGCUGAGGUUGGUAGGGUCAGUUGCUCUCCUCCUGCUAAAUAUCACCAUUUUAAAGGGUGUCUCUUUGCUCAGUUAGCAGGGGUUAGCAGUAGUUGAGGAUUAUGGGAGUUAUAGUCCAUCAUCUGCAGGAAGGCUGAAGUUGUUCAUCCUUGUGAUAGCCCAUUUCUGGACAGUUUUCGUGUUAUGGGGGAAAGCCAUUAAGAUUCAGGUUUACUUAAGAAUAAUUUAAAAUUAGUAGUUUCCACCUUAGGCGAUCACUGCAAACUUGAAAAUAAAAAGUGACUUGACUAGCAUUCGAAGCCUUUAGCUGAGGUCACACAAGGCCAUGCCCACAGCAAGUUCUUUCCUUGAAAGUAACCAGAUGUGCUCCAAGCGUUUAAAACGUUUCCUAUUGUUUAAGCAGCUGUGUUCACCCAUUUUUUGCAGUAAUGCUUGGAGAAUCUUUUGGCACCGAGCCUAGUUAGUUUAGGGACACUGUGUGUGGUUCCUUCUUUGCUUGUUUAAAACCAGAAUAGAAGCCAUUCUUAUAUUAAAAUGUUAAAAAAAAACAAAAACCCAGGCUAUUAGGAUGCAAAAAUGUAAGCCUAGAAACAGCUGCAAGGGACAGAAAUAGAUGGAGAAGCUGGUGUGCAUAUCCAGGUUUUGCAGCCUAGUCCUGUACAUCAGGAGUUCUCAGACUUGGGUCCCUAGGGCACUUUCCAGAUUACACACUACAACAGUGUCACUAUGUACCUGUUAAGUGUGGUUCCGUACUGCCUGUGUUUCGACAUCACAGUCCCUGCACUGUCAGCAAGGUGCCGUUUACAUUUCCGAUGCCUUCUUUCGGGUUUUAUCUUUGCAUUACAGUGCUACAAUGUCGCAGGAGGGAGGGAUAGCUGUAUUUUCCCAUUGUAGGAGGUUUGCGCAAGCUAGAAAAGACUGCUCUCCCUGCUGGUGGCUUUGCACAAUACCCUUAAUUUACGAUUUCAAUACGAUCCUGCCAAGCCGAAGCAAAUUACCCCUGUUGUAGCAUGCGAUCUGGAAAGUGCCCCGGUAUUGUUGGGCUACAAAUCUCAUCAUCCCCAAGGAUAAUGGGAAUGAUAUCCAGCAACAUCUGGGAACCCAGGUUAGAUAACCCCUGGUAUACAUGUUUAUUUAGAAGUAAAUCCUCUGGCUGACAUCCUGACUAAAUUACUCAACGGGAUGAGUAAUCCUUUAGAGCAGGCCUGUUCUUUAGAACUUCGGCCCUCCUGCAGAGGUUGGCCUACAACUCCUAUAAUCCCUGGCUCCAGGCCACUGUGGCUGGGGUUUAUGGGAGUUGUAGUCUAAAAACAGCUGGGGGGGCCAAAGUUGAGCAGGCCUGCUUUAGAGUAACUCCUCAGAAGUACUACUGAGUAACAUAGUCUGGAUGCCAGCCACCAGACUCCAGGGAACUUGCUCCCAGUUAAGUGUGCCUCAAACUGCAACUAAGGAACAACACUGGUUCCACAAAACCAGGGACACAGCUGACAAAAGAGUGUCGUUAUCCAUUUUUAAAAAAUCGAGCAUGUAACAGUGGUAGCAAGCAAGUUUUCAAGCUGCACCGUCUCUUUCUCACACUGAAUGAUGGGGGGUUUUCUUUAAAGGGGUGGAAAGAGAUUUCCUUUACGCAUCUAUAGAUGGGUGUUUAAUUAGCUAUGUCUGCAGCCUUUGAAAUAUCAAGAUGAAGUGAACUGAGACAAGUACUUAGGUUAUAAAGAAGCAGCCAUGCCGGAGCAUUUUCAGGUUAACAAAGAUGUCUCUCACAGCCAAGCAGUAAAUGAAGAAUGCAGAAGUCGAGCAUGUCUGUAGCUCAGCCUUGCAAAUAAAUCCACCAAAAUUACUAGCUGUGGUGUUAAGGAAGAGACACACACCACUGUGACCUUCAGACUCUGUGUCAGGCUAGGGACUAUGAUGGAUCAGAGCUCUGUGAUCACUCUACAAAAACAUGGUUACUGGUCUGCUUGUCCACAUAUCCCUGUUAGUCAAUUGUGGGCAUGGAAAGAAGGAAGGGAAAGGAAAAGGAAAGGAAAGGUUCUCCCCUUUCCCAACUGGGUCACGGGGCAUAAUGUUGACUAACCACAUGGAAUCAGGUGACUGUCUUACAAACAUGUCGGGCCUCCGUCAACAUAUGGGUCUUACAGAACUCUUUGAAAGCAAAGGAAGCAAAGUUAAGGCCCAAUGAUGGUGCUCAUGUGUUUAUUUAAAACCUAAAUAGCUGCUGCAUUGGACCCUAAUCUUGAUCAGAACCAUGGAAUGAUGGAACUUUAACCCUUUGCUCUGAUCCAGAUGGUGUGUGUUGUGUGUGUGUGCCCGCCCAGUUACAGCUGCUAUUUGCCUCAGGAGGGAAGCUCCUGUUGACACCAGCAGGUUCACAGGUUCAAUUGUAGUUCAUAUCAAAUGAAAGGCUUGGAUCCUGACUACCACUCACAGACUGCUGCUCAUGGAAUGUGGCCUCCUUGUUCCAGCCUUCCUGCUGCAGUUCCCUGCCCUCCAUCCCAAAAGCCACUGUUGGGUUGGGUUGGGGCACUACCCAGAAUAGUGCAGGUACACUGGGGCUAUUAUUAUGGGGAUUAAAAUCCUCUUCCGGCAGAUUUUCUCAAACAAAUGCUGCAUCAUUGCAGCAGCUCCAGUCUUCUGCUUGUAAGUAAAAGGUCUGUGGGGAGGAGGUUGAUGAAGUUGGUGUUUUGCGGGGUUUGGUGGUUGGUGAAGUUGAUGUUUUGCAGAAGUGACGUUGGAAGGUUUGCGGGGAGCAGGUUGGUGACGUGGAUCCAACAGGAUCUGAAUCAGCUAGUGCUUCUAUUCGGGUUGAAUUGGGCUGAAUCCAUCCAAAGCGACCUGCUCUGCUUCAGUUCUGUGUACUGGCUCAAAGCUUCACAAACCUUUAAUCAGCACUAUUAUUUUUUUUUUAUGGAGGCUACACACAUGCAGUGCUGCUGCCGCUGCUGCAUGCAUGUGAAUGACAUCUUCACUAUACUAUUCUUCAAGGUAUGUUUGCAAUGAAGGUAUUUGAAUAGUCUUUUAAAAUGGCCCUCAGCUGAAUUCAAUGUGACAGGUUUUUUAAAUUGAAGAGAACAGAAAGCUUGCUUAUACAACAGCCCUUAAUGCGUUGCUUUAACAUAUUCACAUGAAAACCCAUUCUACAAAAGCAAGUGGAAUUCAUGUGGAUCCGGGAAGCCAAUUUUGUUCCCAACAAGCAAUGACUUCUAUGGUCACCAAGAAGUUUCCCACACAAGGCUUUUCAAGCCCUUCAGCUCGUAUCUCCUCCGGAAUGGAGGUGGUGCGUUCACAUAUUGGACAGAUUUACCCCAGAGUCCCUGUGAGCAAUCAGGGAGCACUGCACACACAAUUCAGGUUUUUCACUGCCCGUUAGAGUGUCGCUCGAUACUCGAUUUAUAUCCAUGGUAUAUAAAACAUCAACUUUUUGCAUUGGGUUUUGGGGAUCAUUUUGAGUUUGCAGUAAAGCCUCCCAGAAAACUCAUGGUAAAGCCUGUUGUGUGGAGAACUCCCAUAUGAGGGGGAUGCAUUCAGGCAAGCUAAUAAAUAUGUGGUUUUAUGCAUGCUCUAUAGCAGAGGUGCCACCCAAACGUAGGUCCCCCGGUGUUCUUGAACUACAGUUCUCAUCAUCACUGAAGGCCAUUGUGGCUGGCUGGGAAUUGUAGUCCAACAAUAUCUGAGACCCCAAGGUUGGGAACAGUAGAUUCCAAGGGACAGAUGCACAUUCUCUGCAGGAAUCAACAUGAAAUAUGUAUAGACAGCAAUGCAUGCAUUCAACGAGAAACACACAUAUAGGAUCAUCUCAGGUUGCAAUGGGUUUUACAUUGUUUCCUGCUCAUGGGUAUCUGGAUAAGCUAAGGGAAAGCAUUUUAGCACUUACCUGACACCAUCCUUGUGCCACUGUUUCAGGGCUGACAAAUAGCUCUUCCUAACUCAAAAGCUUGCAUACUUCAUACUGACCAGAUGGGAAUAACUGGAACGCUGUGAACAUGGGAGAGGAUCUUCACUCCAGCAUCAGAUCAAUGCAUCUCCCUUAGUGGCUGUCUCAGAGAAAGGGAUCCAAAGAUUUAAAGACAGAGGGAGUAUUUUCUUACCCUUACAACCCCAAACUGGGGAGGUUUCUUGGCUGAUGAAAAUAUUGCAUUCCUCGCUGACUUCUUCAUUCCUUACCCUGCUGGCACUCCAGUUGUGUUCCUUCUUUUUAACUAGUGGGACAUAACUGUGAGACAUUUUAGACCCCUGUAAUUUGAUGAGACCUAGUCCAUAUCUAUCAUUCACACCAAAGCAACUGGCCCACUGCUUCGUCUUCGCUGAAGAGUGACCAGAGAUGCCACUAGCCCUAUCCCAUGGCUCUUCACAUUCAGGUAACCUUGCUGCAUUUGUGGCAAAGCUAGCAAAGUGUGCUCAUGGAUUCUCUCUCUCUCUCUCUCUCUCUCUCUCUCUCUCUCUCUCUCUCUCUCUCUCUCUCUCUCUCUCUCUCUCCCCCCACUUAUGAACCAGAUCAGUGAGAUCCAGCACUUGCAGGUGAAAUCUCAAACAAUCCCUGCAUGUUCAUGUUUGUGCACACACACUCUCUCUCUCUCUCUCACACACUCCUAAAGACAAUUCACACUCUUGACUUUAUCCACAUGUCUGCACUUUAGUCUUUCAUAAGUUAAUGUGAAAUCCAGAAUGCUGAAGGCAAAUACACUCCAGGCCUGUCUCUGUAGCAUGUUGUUAGUCUUUUGGAAUUGCUGGUGUCUAACUAUGAUGAAGUGAUGUUCAAGCUGUUCUUUGUUAGUCUGAGGGACAUGCAUGCUGAACUCAUUCUCAGUAUUGGAGAAGGCAAAUCACGACAAGUGAAACCACAGAGCUGCUUAUGGACCGAGGACUGAAUUCAGGGUAGUGGACAGGCUGAUUCACAGGUUGCAGCAAAAAGAAUUUCCACUACCAUUGGGGAUGGAAAUACACACACACACACACAAACCCACCCCACUGGCCCCAGUCCAGAGAAAGCUGGUUAGAAUUAAACUGAACUGAAAUCAAUGGGACAAUAAGCAAGUCCUGAGUGGCUUACUCAAUGUGUUGCGAGUGCAAAACACCUGCUCCUGAUCAGGGCCACCAUGUGAUGCCAACAAGAGCCACAUCUCAUGCCUCACAUCUGAAAUAGCACAGCGAACAAGCCCAGCAUCCAUUUGCACAUUGACAGUCAGUGGGUGGCACGAUUUCCCAUCCAGCUAAGGCAUCCACAUGUAGAGGUUGCUUCCUGGCAGUCUUCCCUCUAACAUGGUUUCCCAGAUGUUGUUGACUACAACUCCCAGAAUCCUCCGUUGCAAUGACAUUGGCUUGGGGAUUCUGGGAGUUGUAGUCAACAGCUAGGAAGCCCUGUUAGAGGGAACACUGAUUCUGGGAGUAUUUCCCUUGGCUCAGGGCAAAGUAUAUGUAGGUUUUAACGGCUUAGCAUGAUGGGUAAAAACGGGUUCUCAAACUUGGCUUCCUGAACUUUUAUUGGACUACAUCUCCCAUCAUCCCCACCCACAAUGGCCAUGAAGUCCAAAAACAUCCGGGGUUCCAAAUUUGAGAACCCCUGUAUUAAAGCAAACUUGUAGAACAAAACCAUUGAAUUCCGGGGAAGAGCAGAGCAGAUGUGAUGGAGAGCAGUCAACCCUCUGUUCCAAAGCAUGGCCACUGUAAUGUCCUUUUCUACGCUUUUUAUUAGGACGUUUCUAGAGUUCUUGGUGUGAAAGGAACAAACUUUUCUUAUACUGACAAAAGUACCUGUAUUUAUUAUUCCAAGAAUGACUUUUAUCUGUACCAAUGAUGGUUUCCUGUUGGUUGAGACCUUCUUUUCUCCUGUAUGUAUGCUAUGCAGAUUCUGUGAAAGUCUUACCAGUGUUGGUUUGCAUUUUUAAGACAGUGCUGACGUGAUCACAGUGCAUGUUAGUAGUGGCAACUUUGUUGUACCAUGUAAGGAUAUAAACUACUUAAAACUGAAUUCUUAUAUUAGUGUUUGGCUUGUAGAAACAGUACCAAGACUUGCAUGUUCAUGGACAUUAAAGUGACCCCUCCCCCUUUGCUAGUUGCACAAUAAUGCAAUUGUUUUGGGUUGUAUAGGAAAUGUGCAUUCCUUGUUUGUUUUUCAAUUGGGAUGAUCUGUCUGGAAAGUAACUUUUUUGGUAAUUAUCUCGAUUCAGUGCUGCUUUUUUUUUUUUUUAAACACACCUGCUCUUUGUUGCUUAUAGUGUUCACUGUCAGGCCCAGUCAAAGAUAAUUUGAUCCCCAAAAUGUCAACUUCCAUGGACAACCGGCCCCAUAGUGUGCACAACUAUUGCUUCAUAAUAAGCUAUGAAGAGCCCUGCUUGGCCAGACCAAGGUCCAUUUAGUCCAGCAUCCUGUUUCCUCCAGUGGCCAAUCAGAAGCCCUUCCCAACAACUGGCCUUCGGAGGUAUACUGUCUCUGAACAGUAUACCUCCACAUAGUUCCACCCAGCCAUCAUGACAAGUUGUCGGUUACGAGUUGCUGGUGUUCACUCCAACAUCUAGUAUGUUCCGUGAGCACAAUCCAGCCAGUGUGAAGCUCAUUCAAGUCCUAUUCAUUUUCUGUUGGUGGAAGAGCAUUUGGCUCUCACUGAAAUGAAUGUGACUGUGAACAGGCUUGAGAACUGCCACUUGCCGAGGAGUCCGUCAAAAGUAAGGAUCUCCUGGCAACCAGGCAGGGAAACAUUAAUUACAAAGCUUAAUUUUCUCUCUCUUGUAUAUCACAAAUGAUAUGAAACAGUUAUGUGUGGACAAGCACAGUAGGGGCACAAGUCGUUUUAGAGCCUGAAAAGAAAAAGAUUGUGCUGUCGAGUCAGUGUCGACUCCUAGCAACUACAGAGCCAUGUGGUUUUCCUGGUAGAAUACAGGAGGGGUUUACCAUUGACUUCUCCUGUGCAGUGUGAGACAAUGCCUUUCAGCACCUUCCUAUAUUGCUGCUGCCCGAUAUAGGAGUUUCCCAUAUUCUGGGAAACACACCAGCAGGGAUUCGAACCAACAGCCUCCUGCUCUCUAGGUGGGUUGCUUCGCCACUGAACCAUUAGGUGGCACUUCAAAGCCCGAAGUGGGUGCCAAAUGCCACACUACCCUAUUUUUCUGGCGGCAGCCACAGAGGAGAGAGAUGAAGCAGGAGAGGCAGGGAGGGCACAAGGGAUUUCUGCCCAUAGAGCUGAGCUAGAGUGGUGCUGCCCACAGAGUUGGGCUGGCUAGACUGGUGAUGGCAGCUGAAUUUACUGUCUGCAUUGACUCACUUCAUCUUGCUGCAUGAUAGGCUACCCCUGGACAGGCAAGUUAGUAGACACGUUUGUUAACAAGUAGCUUUUAGGGGUUUAUUUGCAAGGCUGACUUAAAUGUGCUUAACUCUGGUUGGAUUUCACUCAGUUGUUGGGAAGACAUUUACAUCUAUGAGUUGCAUUGAUGUGUUGCUCAGAGAAGAGGCUUUGUGGCUGUGUGAUAUAAAUGGGACUAUCCUCAACUUCAGUCUUCAACAUUCAAGCCUAAGAAUCAAAAUUUCAAGGAAACCAUCCAUUCCAUUAGCGUUACAAGGAGGAAAUCUUAACUCUAAGAGGAGCAAUCUGUGUGCACAUGCUCAGAAUUUAUGUCUAGACAUUUGGAGUGGGCCAUUUGUUUAUUGACCCAACUGUUUCUGCAUUGGAAUUGAACCCAUUUUGGACAGUAUGCCAAGGGUUCUCAAACUUGGGUAUGCAGAUGUUGCUGGACUACAACUGCCAUCAUCCUAUCACUGUGGCCAAGGCCAUUGUGACUGGGGAUGAUGGGUGCUGUAGUCCAACAUAUGGGGAACCUAGUUUGAGAACUUUUGCAGUGUACCAUGACUAGGCAAAAUGUAUGUAUCUUUAAAAAUGUGAAUACAGAUUAUAGUGUUUUAUAACCAUGUAAUAAGCAGCAAAGGGUGUUGGUCUUUAAAAAGUUGUUUUGUGGCAAUGUCUUUUUCAGUGCCAAACGUACAAAAGGUAUUGUCUGAAGGAAGUAAGGAUUUUUUUACUGUAUUGCUGCUGAACAAAUAUUGUUUUUAAAUGUUAGAUUUUGAAUAAUUUUGUAUUGUAAACUGUUUUGUGACAUGGUGCUUUUUCAUACUGGAAUUACUGAUUGCACCUGAUUAUUAUUCUGUUUUCUUAUAUGAAUACAUAACCUCAAACAAUCUUUAUGAAAACCAGUGUAUGACGAAUAUCCAAGGUUUGCAAAGAUAAAAUCUUUCAUGAAGCCCCUCAAUGUUCUUGCCUCCUAAUAAAUCUUCCGCUGCAGCCAG